AUGGUAUUGUUGGGGAACCAUACGGAGACUCUGGACCAAGUUGAACCCAGUUCCCACUGGGAGUCCACCUCGCUGGUGUCUGCAGCCGCGGUCGAUGCCAUCGUGAUGCUGGGGGUGCUGACUUUUGCCCUCCAGCUGUGUUUGGUGUUGUACUUCUUGUUCAGAUGUUGGAGACUGGACAGCAGAGUAAAGGAGUCUCUCAAACUGCACCACAAGUCUCAGUUUGAUACACUGUUUCACCUGAACAUUAUCACCUCAAAAGAUCAACCGCUCCGUGAAUCUACUGCCAAUUCAUCACCACCAUCUACAGACUCACAUCAUCUUUAUGAACCGGCCGAUGGAGCAGGUCAUUUGUUCAUGCCAUCAAUUCCUUGGGACCUUGUACAGCAUUGA